AUGUCUACCUUCUUGCGCAGGACCUCCGAUUUCUUCAAGCAUCACACUGGCAAUCAAAGGCAUGGGUCAGUUGACUCAACCAAGUCUACCACUUCGGACCCCAACGCCCCUUGUUCAGAAGCUCCAGGAGUCGAAGCACCCAUUGAGGCACCAUCAGCAAACGAUCACCAAACUAAGCAGCCACGCUGGAGCCUCGGUCGCCGAGAGGACGAGGAAACACGGGAGAAAAGCCGAGCAAAGCAAUUGGAGAAGGAUCGAGCUGAGUUUGCUGCUACUAGAAAAUACUCGCAAUCGCGGCAAAAGAGCAGUGGCGCUGGCAUGGGAUUUGAGGGAGGGUGGCAAGGUUAA